AUGGCCGUCACCCUGCACACGACACACGGUGAUCUCAAAAUUGAAUUGUUCUGUCAAGCAUGUCCCAAGACGACAUACAACUUUCUGGCCUUGUGUGCGAGUGGAGCAUACGACAAAUCUCCAUUUCACCGCAGCAUUCCGAACUUCAUGAUUCAAGGAGGAUCGCCGGCAUCGGGAACCACCAAGGAGAGCAGUUCCGUGUAUGGUGGUAUGUUCGAGGAUGAGAUCAAGGCUUCGUUGAAGCAUCAUGCGCGUGGAAUCGUCAGCAUGGCGAACAAAGGACCUGCGACCAACGGCAGCCAAUUCUUCCUCACAUUCGCCGCAGCUCCCCAUCUUGAUGGUAAAAACACCGUCUUCGGGCGUUUGCUCGAAGGUUGGGAUGUUCUUGACAAACUCGAAGCGAUCCCGGUCGACAAGAAGAACCGCCCGCAAGAAUCUAUCAAGAUUGAAAAUGUUCAAACUCACGCCAAUCCAUUGGCCGACGAGCGGUGA